AUCACUCAAUUGCAAAAUCAUCUGUGUCACAUUCAUAUCACUUUCAUAACAAAUUUUUCGUGAAGAAAGUUGAAAAAUAUAUAUAAAAAGUUCAUAUUCGUCUUCCAUAAAUAAGUAAGACUUAGAGGAAUUGAAGUUCAUUUAAAAAUACGACUACAUCUUCACAACGCAAUAGUUUCAUUCUGAGAGAUUCAGCAGUGUCACGAGACCUUUCCGAUAUUAAACGACACUGAGAGAGUAAGCCAUCACUUGGUCCGCCUUGCAAAAGAAAACGGUUCUUUGGAUAAUAUUUCCGUUAUAGUAGUUUUUCUUCGAGAACCAUCGAAAAUUUUGGCGGAUGCCCAUUGGGCGAACCGCAACUUGAACCCUGUUACUAUGGACGCAGGCCUCGAUAAUGCCAACAACCCCUUCGCCAUAUCGAAUGGCGCCACCACUGACAAUAUUAUUUCGCAGAAAUCCGAAGGCCUACUCUUGAAUUUGACGGAUAACUUCAAAAAGAAUGGUUCGGAGUUAUCGCCUACGACUGAUUACUACGAGAAAGAAAAAUCGAACGGUAAACGGUCCGCGUCAGAGUUCGACGACGACGACGAUUUUGGUCCCGAGACAGACGUAGACGCUGUAGACGACGUUCUGUCCCCUUUGGAGACCACCAAAGGAUUUACAGACGCUAUCGAUAACAACAACCCCUUCGACGAGGGUGUCUACAAUCCGUUCAUGGAGCACCAGGAAAAGGCGACCCUGGAGAUGGAAAGGAACUUGCAGAAACAGGACAGCGGCGAGUUCGAGGAACCGCGAAUGGCUAGAGAAGAGACGCCGACGCCACCUGCCGACGCUGUUCAUGAUGUUAGAGGGUUAGAGGAAAACGUAGCAGACAGUGAUUCCGAGGACGAGUGGAACUAUAUCAAGGGAGAGGAAGCAAAUAAAGAAAAUAUAUCUCCGGUGCCAGAACAAAAGGUUGCCGAUAUUCCCGAAGAGGACGACAACAUGUCUCAGCUGAAUCCUAACGCUGCAGAAUUUGUACCAGUCUCACCAACAAGAAGUGUUCCAUCACCGGCAUGUAGGGUACUUAUAAAUGAUCACGUUAUAUCCCAAUCUCCUAAAAGGCCUGUCAAUGAACUAGACAUCAAUCUACCUAAUCCUUCCGAUUUCGAAAAAGAAGUCAAGUCCAGACCUAGUGAAGUGGAAUCGUACAGCAAUGGUCACAAUGGUGACAGUGACAGCAACACAACACCUACCGAUUUAAUGGAGGGUAUAUUGAAUGGAAAGAAUAUUGAUGAAAUUCCAGAAUUCCAACCUGGAAGUACACCAAAAAAAGUAUUACCAAGUGACGAAUUCCACUUCGGGCCUAAUGCAGCCCCGUUUACACCUGUCAGACUUUUGGAUCAAUCUGAAGCAGCACUAUCAACAAGAGCCAUUUACGGAGAUGAAUCAUUUGCAACUGUGGAAACAUCCUUCAAUGAGUCUGAUGCAACUGAAGAUGUAGCUACUGAUUUGAAUACUUUAAACAAGGAAUCCGAUCCUAUGUCAAUGUCCUUUUAUGCAGAUAAGGGAGAUUCAAAUCCUUUUGAUCUCGACAAAGUCCAAGUAUUACCAGAGAAUUUGGAUGAGUUUUUGAAACAGCCGGAUACAGAAAACUUUGAUGAGACCAUUUCAGAUCUCCCAGAACAUCAUCCUCUGGGUGAACCGCAACAGUCCAGCGAACCUAUAUUGAACAAUGACGAUGCUUUACAAAUUACGGACUUGGACAAACAUUCGUAUGAUGAUGAGAAGGAGCUUGCCUCACCGCUGGAACCAGACAGUGAUGUGAUAGAAAUUGAGAAGGAUUCUUCUGACAAAGAUUCUUCUGAGAAAGAUUUACUUGGUGGUGUUGAAGAAACUGAUUUUUCAAAAACUCCAGAACCAAGAUAUGAAAAUCUACUUGAAGAGAAAUUUUGCCAUGUUUCUGAAAAGUCAGAAUCGCUAGGAGAAUUGCCAGCCAAUGUAGAGGUUAUAUCUCCCUCACCAACUCCUGAGAUAAUCUCUCCAGAACCAAGGACAGAAUCUCCUGAAAAAAGUAUACAAUCUACCAACGAAGAUCUGUCUUGUGAAAGGCCUCAUUCUUUAGAAAAUAUUCCUCAUGAUGUGGAACUAAUAUCACCAGAAACCAUGGAGAGACUAUCGGAGUCACCAAGACCAGAUGUCUCGGAAAAAGAAGUUACUAGUCCGGUAGAGGAACAAGCCUCCGAGGUUAGUGAUCUACUCAAGAAGCCUGAAAGUACUGAAGUUGAUGAGUUUUUGAAUCGCCCAGAAGAUACCGAAGUCAGUGAUUUACUUUUGCAACCUGAAGCUGAGGAAGUUAGUGAUUUACUUGGGAGACCUGAAGCUAAUGAAAGUAGUGAUUUACUAAGUCAACCUAAAGCUGAGGAAGUUGAUGACUUUCUGAAUCAACCAGAAGCUACGGAAGUUGAUGACUUGCUAAAUCAGCCAGAAGCUACGGAAAUUAGUAAUUUACUGGAACAGUCUAAUAGUACCGUCACAAAUAAUGUGCAGAACCAACUGGACGAUGUUUUGAAACAACCGGUAGCUACUGAGGUUAGUAAUUUACUAGGACAACCAGAAUCACUUGAAAAGGAGGAUUUGAACAAGCAAACUGAAGUUGAUGUCAAGUUAGAGAAACUGAUUCAUCCUGAAGUCAGUGACUUAUUGAAUGAACCAGAUAUCAAUGAAGUUUCUAAUACGUUGGUUCAACCGGUAGAUGAAUUUCUGGAACAACCAAGACCAAAUGAUGUUGAGGAAGUUAUGGAAAGAACGGAGCUUCAUGAUAUGUUGGAGCAUCCAAAAGUAUCUGAAUGUGAUGAAUUAUCAAAACUAGCAGAAACAGCUGAAGUUGCUAAUCUUGAAGUGCAGGAGACCUUAACAAAGGUUUGUGAAUUAUCACUUGCAAAAUCUCCUGAACUUUUAGAAGUCAGUGAACCUGCAGUUAUAGCUUCUGAAUCACCAGUAUCAAAAUCUCCCUUGCCAGAAAAUGAAAACAUUGAAUCAUUCACACCAGUGUGUCAGUUGCCGUGCAUGAAAGAACCAGAGGAAGUUGGUGAAAAUGAAGUGAAAGAAUCACAGUUGGCAGUUUGUGAACCACCAGUUUCAAAAUCUCCUGCAGUUGAGUUAUUCGAAAGCAAAUCUCCAAUUUGCGAAAUAACCGAAUCCAAAUCAUCUGUUUGUGAUUUAUCUGAAUCUAAAUCACCAUUUCCAGAUGAAGUUGUUGGUAGUGUGCAGAGUGACUCUGGAGACCUCGAGUCUCCUGCAUCACCUGACUUCACUAGACCGGAAUUGAUAGAACAAGCUCAGGUGCACUUUGUAGAACUCUGCCAUCCAACAGAGGAUAUUCAUCAUACAGAAUCACCUCAAGAAGAUAUCACAUCUUCCGUGAGAGAUGAUGAUAUUACUUCUCCAGUUUCGCCUCCAGUUAAUGAUGUUAUUGAAGAUAGCUUCAUAGCAGAACAACCAACAGUUUGUGCUGUGGCUCAAGAUAUCACAUCUUUUGUUCUAGAAGCAGGAUCGCCUUCAUCAACUUUGAACCGAGAACUCGAGGUUCCUUCACCAAAAUCUAUAGCUGAUACUGAAUCUGUAGCCACAACUGAUGUUAAUUCCUUCUUGGAACGUUCACUACCACCUGAGGUCAACUCUCCGUUGAGCACUACAGAAGAUGAAAUUGAAAAAGAUUUGUAUUCCAAUAAUCCUUUGCAUAAAUGCGUUUACCCGCUACCACCUCAGCCUACAAGCGAGGAAAUUGACAUUAAGACUGAAAACAUUUCCCCAGAAUUUGCCGAACAAACUGUCGUCACUCCGUCCGAGGAAAGCAAACAAGAAGAAAUACCCGUUAUUUCGCUGCUAGAGUCCUCUGUUGUAGAACCUGUUGUUGAAGAAAAGCCAGAAUCCAAAGAAUUGGCAGGAGAAGUGACUGCAGUGGGUGUAGUUGCUGCUGUUGCCACCGGUGCUGCAAUCGCUGCAGUUGCCUCGGCAACAAAAGUUGAGGAAAACAAAAAGUCAACUGUUGCAUCCACAAAGAAACUAUCUGUUUCCAAGAGCUCUAUGGCGACGUCUAAAUCUACUCCCAAACAGUCUCCAGUUCCAAAAACCACAAGUAGACCUAGCGCUUCACCUAGAGUUGCUCCUUCAAAAACUGGAGCUCCAAAAUCAUCAGUUACAGCCGCCCCCAAAGCAGCACCACCUAAGCCUCAGACCAAACCAAAAAGCUCACUUCCUCCAAAACCAGCAGAGAAAAAGCCGGCCACGAGUAGUGACCUGAAAUCAGCAGUGAAAUCUGCAACGACAGUCAAAAAGAUCACAUCAGAAAGUGUUACAAAAACGGCAAGUACUAACAAAUCGACUACAGCAACAUCCAAGGUUAGUCCAACAAAAGCAGCUCCUUCUCGACCAGCUGCUGCUACUUCUCGACCAACUGCUGCUCCAAGGCCUGCACCUGCUCCAAAAGCGGCACUGACUCGUCCUACAACUGCUGUCAAUACUGCAGCAAAGGCAAGACCAACGACUUUGACAAAUAAACCACUUGCUAGUUCUUCACCUUCUAAAACGACGUCUAGCGUUACUAAGGUAACUCUCUCUAAAACUUCGAUGAAAAGGGAUGCAUUUGUGGGGAAAUGUUAA